AUGAAAAAUCAUUCCUUGACUCAACUUGUUAAAGAUAUGAGAAAUGUUAUGCAACCACAUACUGCUUUGAAGUUGAGGGAAAGAAAAUCAAACAAGUUGAGAGAUUUCGUCGUUAUGGCUGGUCCUUUAAAUGUUUCACAUUUAUUAGUUUUCAGUCAAUCUGAAGCAGGUACAACACAAUUAAGAUUAGGUAGAAUGUCAAGAGGUCCAACUAUAACGUUUAAAGUGGAAAAUUAUUCUCUUUGUAAAGAUGUUAGAAAGAUCUUGAGACAUCCAAAAUCUAUAACUAAAGAAUCAAAAGAAUAUUUAAAUCCUCCUUUAUUAGUACUUAAUGGUUUUACAAAUCCUCAAAAGGCUCCACCACAUGAAAAAUUAUUAAUUACAACUUUCCAAAACAUGUUCCCACCAAUUCAACCACAUUCUACAAAAGUUAAUUCAGUUAAAAGAGUACUUAUGAUAAAUAAAGAUCCAGAAACUGGUCAUAUUGAUUUACGUCAUUAUGCAAUUGAUGCUAAGCCAGUUGAAGGUUCCAAGAGUUUAAAAAAAUUAAUCAAUGCUAAACAUAAUUUACAUAAAAAAUUACCAAAUUUAGGAAAAGUAUCAGAUGUUUCAGAUCUUGUUUUAGAUCCUUAUGCUAAUGGUGCUGGGUUCACUAGUGAUUCUGAAGUUGAAGAUGAUGGUAUUGUUGAUAUUAAAGAAGAUAAUGCCUCACAAUUGUCUAAACAAAAACCAAGUAAAUCACCUGAAGCUUCCUCAUCAGCUUCCACUGGUGCUCCAGAAGAAGAACAAGCUCCAAACACUCGUAAGAAGGCUAUUAAAUUGACUGAAUUAGGUCCACGUAUGAAAUUAACAAUGACUAAAAUUGAAGAAGGUGUUUGUACAGGUAAAGUCUUAUAUCAUCAUAAUGUUAAGAAAUCAAAAGCUGAAAUGAAAGAAUUAGAAGCCAAACAUGCAGAACGUCAAAAAAUUAAAGAUGAAAGAAAAAGAAUUCAAUCUGAAAAUAUUGCAAGUAAAAAAGCUAAAAAAGAUGCAAAGAAAGAACGUCGUCAAAAACGUAAAGAAGAAAGAGAAGCUAAAGGUGAAGCUGGUGAACAAAGUGGUGAUAGUGAAAGUGAAGCUGAAGAUAAAAGUGAUGAUGAAAGUGAAGAUGAUGCUAAUGAUAUUCCUGAAGAUUUGGAUAGUGAUUUAUACAGUGAAGUUGAUGAAAUGCAUUCUGAUUAA